AUGUCAAACACGACUGCAUUUGGUGCGCAAGCGAUCCAUGGAACGAACCCACAGUUUCUUGUGGAACGCGUCAUUCGCUCGCGCAUUUAUGACUCGACAUACUGGAAGCAAGACUGCUUUGCGUUGAAUGCUGCUACUUUGAUUGACAAAGCAGUUGACCUGACAUAUGUGGGUGGUACAUAUGGUGCGCAGCGACCCAGUCCCUUUCUGUGCUUAAUCUUAAAGCUCUUGCAGAUCCAACCGGAACGUGCUAUAGUGUUGGAGUACUUGGCUGCAGAGGAUUUCAAGUAUUUGCGAGCUGUGGCUGCAUUGUACGUGCGUCUCACGUUUCCUGCGAUCGAGGUGUAUGAGCUUCUGGAACCGAUGCUCAAUGAUUAUCGCAAGCUACGCUGGCGAGAUAUGGCUGGAAAUUACUCUCUAACACAUAUGGAUGAAUUCAUCGAUCAGUUACUAACGGAAGAACGUGUGUGUGAAUUGAUCUUGCCGCGUUUGACGAAGCGCUCCGUUCUUGAGUCAAAUGAUGGACUUCGACCACGCGUAUCGCGUCUUGAGGAUGCUCUUUUGCGUGGUGAAGCACCGGGACUCGAGGACCGUCGCAAAACCUGUGACAGUGAUGCUAGCGAUAGUGACGACUCACUGGCAGCAUUACGUACCGAACGUGCGACGCGCAUAGCACAAGCUGAUCGAUUGCGGCAUUCAAAGCAUGCUGCCGUGAAACCUGGUGCCGGCACCCAUGCUAAUGCUGACACAGAUGCCGACAGCGAAGUAUAUGCCUCACAACAGUCCGAAUCAGAGGAAGAGAAAUUACAAGCGCGUCUCAUUCGAAGCCGUACACCAAGUGUCUCGCCAGAUCGACAAAUGUCUCCCAAGAUCAGUGCUCGAUCCGGUAGUGUGUCUCCUCCCGCAUUCCAGUCCCGUUCACCAAGCAUGUCUCCAUCAACAGAUUAA